AUGCCUGAACGCCAAUUUCGUCUCCAAAUCGUGGACGAUGACAACUGGCAUGAUGUUCAAAGACCCAACGCAGUCGUGCCGCAACGGCGCCCCGAGAACCAGAGAAACCAGGAUCCUCCACGGGAAACCUCUAUCAUAAGUGGAAUUGGACUCUUCAUCAUAAGUAACCCCCGUCUCAUGACCUUUCUUGUUGUCGUAUUGUCUUCCACGUAUUACAACUGGGAAUUGAUACACGACUGGUUCUCAUCAUUCCGAAAGAUAUCCACCGAUCAGUGGGAUUCCAUUUUCAUGUUCAUCUUUUUCUGCCGCUACUUCCGCUUCUUCUGUCACAUCUACGGGACUCUGAACUAUACUCCUGCUUUCGUUCCUCUCAAUCCGACUUGGGGUCCUCAGCAUACCACCGUUAUCCUCCCCACCAUCGAUCCCGACAACGAGAAGUUCACAGAGUGCAUGAACUCCGUGCUUGCUAACCGUCCAGCCGCCAUCAUGAUCGUGACUGUCGGAGCCGCCAUGCGUGAGCGCUGCAACAUCAUUGCGGCGCAGUUUCGUGCUGCCAGCCCGGGCACGGAAAUCGGAGUCAGCGCGAUUCCUCACCCAUCCAAGCGCCGUCAGGUUGCCCAUGCCGUCCCCGAGGUGCGUACCGAAUUCACGAUCCUCGCUGACGACCACGUUUUCUGGCCCAGUCACAACUUCAUUUCCUCCGCCCUAGCCCCCUUCGAAGACCCCAACAUCGGCGUCGUGGCUACGUUCAAGCGUGUUCGUCGCACGACGCCAGGUAAGUGGAGCGUCUCGUCUGUUCUGAACCUGAUCGGCUGUUUCUAUCUACAGCGCCACAACUGGGAGCUCCGGGCGUCCAACGGCCUCGACGGAGGGGUUUUUGUUGUAUCGGGCCGCACCGCCGUCUACCGCUCCAACUUUCUCAAAGCACCGGGCCUGAUGGAACGUUUCUGCAGUGAGCGCUUCUUCAUGGGCAUUUUCGGCGGAGAGGGCUUGGGUCCUGAUGAUGACAACUUCCUCACCCGCGAGGCCUACGGCGCCGGCUGGGAGAUCAAGUUCCAAGAAACCCAGGACUGCGUCAUUGAGACGACGAUCGGUGAUGAAUUCCUCAAGAAGUUUCGCGGUCAGCUCGUCCGCUGGGCGCGAACCACAUUCCGCAGCAACCCAUGCAUGUUGAUGAAGUGCUCGCUGACCCUCAAGCGCAUGCCGUGGUCGUAUUUCAACGUCUACGUCGCCGGCAUGGUGAAUUUUGCUCUUUUCUGGGACGCCAUGAUCGUCUGCUCGUUCUACAACUCUUGGUUCUGCCACAGCCUCUUCUCUUCCGAAAUGGGGUGGCUUCUCGGCUUCAUUUUCUUCACGAAGGUGAUCAAGAUCUGGCCGCACUUUGUCCGCUACCCGCAGGACUUGCCGCUGGUGAUCUUCCAGAUCCUCUUCGCGUACGCCCAUUCGAUCAUCAAGUUCUGGGCUCUCAUCACUUUCUGGGACUGCGCUUGGUUGGGUCGCAACCUGGACGCUGUCGAUGCGGAGGCCGAGCAUUCGCAGAUCCCACUGGACGCGUCGUUCAGCUGGAAGUUGGGCACUCCCGGUCACAGAGUUUCCGGCCACAGAGUCUCCGUUCAUGCUAAUUCUGGCUACCCCUUGUGGUAUAAUGAUUAUUAG